AUGGCCAAGAUUAACAUGUUUGGAACAGGCUUCACCCUGCAAGCUGCCAUAUGGGCGGCUUGUGGGAUGGCCUUCAUACUUUUUGGCUACGAUCAAGGAGUAUUUAGCGGUAUCGUGGAGAAUGAAGACUUCCUCGAUACUAUGCAUCAUCCAGGAGAUAGUCUUAUGGGGAUCAUAGUCUCCAUAUAUAACCUUGGCUGCUUCACAGGGUGUAUCGUCAACUUUGUUGUCGCGGAAUGGCUGGGAAGGCGGCGGGCUAUGUGGGUUGCAAUGAUAUGGAUAAUUAUUGGCGCCUCGUUGCAAACAUCAGCAUUCUCUGUUGCCCAUCUGAUGGUAGGGAGAUUUGUCACGGGCAUUGGCACGGGUAUUGAAACCUCCACCGUUCCCAUGUAUCAAGCCGAGUUAUGCGAGGCUUCGAAGCGCGGCAAACUAGUAUGUAGUGAGCCCUUGCUUGUCGGCGUGGGAAUUGUCAUCAGCUAUUUCUUUGACUACGGAAUGAGCUUUGUUGGUGGUCAGAUUGCCUGGCGACUGCCCAUUGCGUGUCAGAUGAUCUUCGCUUUCGUUGUGAUUAUUCUGGUAUUUGGGUUGCCGGAGUCUCCCCGAUACUGUUAUAAGGAACAGCGCAACGACGAAGCGCUCCAGAUUCUGAGCGACGUCAAUGGUCUUCCAAAGGACGAUCCCAAGAUCGUGGCAGAACAGGAAGAGAUUCUUGAAGCUCUCGAACUCGAGACAAAACAUGGGGUGUAUAAGUGGAGAAAUAUAUUUAGGCGCGACGAAGUUUCGACAGGCCAUCGGGUUCUUCUAGCAUAUAGUAUGCAGUUUAUGAAUCAAGUCGGCGGCAUCAAUCUUGUAGUCUACUUCAUACCCACAGUUCUCAACAGUAACGUCGGCCUCAGCAAGAACCUCUCGCUCAUUAUCGGAGGCUGCGUUCAGGUCAUGUUCGUCAUCGGCAGCUUCUUCCCUACCUUCUUCGUGGACCGUGUCGGUCGUCGGGUCCCGAUGAUGUGGGGAUCCUUUGGCUUAGGGCUCUGCAUGAUGAUGGUAUCCAUUCUCCUGAGCUUCAAGGGAAAGGCAAACGAGCAUGCAACGUCCUCAGCCUCCGUUGCAUUCUUCUUCCUCUACAUGCUCAUCUUCGGCGCAUCUGUCAACUGCAUCCCUUGGGUCUACGUGCCGGAGAUCCUGCCUCUUCACGCCAGAGCGAAAGGAACCGCCGUGGGUAUUUCUUCGAACUGGAUCUGGAAUUUCUUCGUUGUCAUGAUCACACCCAUCAUCAUCAACCGGCUGCAGUGGAAGGCUUACUUGAUAUUUAUGUGCACGAACUUUGCCUUCGUGCCAUUGGUAUAUUUCUGCUAUCCUGAAACAGCCAAUUUGACGCUGGAGGAGAUCGAUUAUCUCUUCACCAAUCCAGAGAAAACAGCCGUCAGAAUUUCGAAUGAACUUCACAAGGAGAGAAAGAAGCAUGGGCAUACAAGACUUGCUCACAUCAAUGCAAGGGGACACAAUAGCUCAGUGAUUGAAGAUACUCAGGAGAAGGCUCCUGGCAUUCAAGCUCCUGGUGAACAUGUUGAGAACGUUUAG